GAACAAAUUCAAGUUUUUCUCGUUGUCGUCAUAAAUGAAGACUAAAAUGAAGAAGACGUUUCUUUUGAAAUUUGUUAUCAAUAUAUCUUAUUUUUUACUUUGCUUUUCAUGGAGUGUCUCCACCGAUAUAUCCGCGCAAUCAACCCCAAUCAAAGAAGAGAUCUUUGAUUCAAGCAAACAGAUCAGUCUAUGGACGUCCUCUCCACUAAAAGCUUGGCAAAAAACAGACAUGCGGCUUGGCAAGGAUUAUAUACACUCUGUCUACCAAGCUUGUAACCCAGAUUUCAAUAAUAAUCCAAAAACAUUAUGGACCAAUUGGAUACCCAAACAAGAUGCCCAUGAGCUUCUCCUGGACCUUAGUUUUGCUCAAGAGGACCAGCAACCUGUUUAUAUUUUUGUCCAAGCAUCUGACCAACCUCGAGAUAAAUACUUUGGGAGACCACAGGAAGCUGUUCAUGAGAUCACAGCCCAACAUCAAUUUCCAAAAGGAGCUUUUCCUAAGGAUAAGGACCUGUACCAUGCUCAGGGUCUUUAUUUAGGGAAGAUCUCUCAGAAUGGCUUUCACCUAGGAUUUUCUUACAGCGGAGAGUGCAUCUUCAUUGCUUCUGUCCAGGUAUUCUUCAUGAAGUGUCCAGCAUUUGCAUGGAACAAAAUGGAGUUUGAGGAAACACCAGCAGGAUCGGGGUUUAGAAAGGGAGUAUGUGUAAAUAGUGCAGUGGAGAUCUUUGCCCCAAUGAUGAAGUGCCAAUCAAACGGGACAUGGGGUCCACCUUCAGGAUUAUGUUCCUGUGAUGCAGGAUACCAGGCAGAGGGAAACAGUUGCGAAGUUUGUAGGCUGGGCAGCUACAAACCAGCAAAUGAAAGUGGAGGAUGUAUGCCUUGUCCUCCCAGAAGUAAAACACAGAGAGAAGGUGCAUUUCAGUGUGACUGUGAGCAGGGAUAUGAACGCCUGCAGAAUGACCCUCCCCAGCUGGGAUGCACAAGACCUCCAACAUCCCCGGUCAAUUUAACCUCCCAGCACUUGGGUGACACUGUUGUGACUCUACAUUGGGCUCCACCUGCAGACCUGGGUGGAAGAUCAGAGGUGGAAUAUGACGUGCUGUGUAAACAGAGACUAGAUGCAUCUGUGGGUCAGUGGGUUCCAUGUGAGAACGAAGUGUUGAUUCUCCCUUUUGCCAUUGGACUGAAACACACAGCAGUCAAUAUUACCAGAAUGAAGCCUGAACUGGAUUAUCAUCUGUCUGUCACAGCACGCAACGCUAUAUCUACUAAACUUGGAUCUGAUCACUCCAUACAGUCAGUUAUCAUCUACAAAUGGAGAGCUCCAAUCAGUACAUUGCCCAGUCCUGGUCUCAUAACCCAUUCCAAACAGGUGCUCUCUCCUGGUGUAAUUGCUGCUCUGUUGUGUGGUGUCCUGUUUCCUUUCAUUCUCGCAGCUGCUGUAUUCUUCUUUGUAAGGCAUCGCCACAGAAAGCUCAGUGAGGAUGAGCAAAUGGUGUUCAUAUCCCACACUGGUGUGACAUUUCGACGUACUGAUGAACCAGAACACACAGCUCAACCUGAGCAAACCAUUAGCUCAGUUCAGAUGUUGGAAGGAGUGAGUUGUAGACUGAUAUGUGGUCUUAAAGAUGUGCUGGUGGAGCGUACUAAAAUAACGAUUGGCAAAGAGCUUGGGAAAGGAGAAUUUGGGGCAGUAUAUGAGGGCAUAUUUUCUCCUCGAGGAGGAGAAGACAUCAAAGUGGCAGUAAAAACCAUGAGAGUUGGAAUCAACAGUCAAGGGGAUCUGGAAUCCUUUCUCAAGGAGGCAGAAAUUAUGCGACAUUUCGAUCACAACAAUGUAGUUAAAUUGCUUGGUGUUGCACUAGAGCGAGAUCCGGAGUCCUCCAUUCCUGUACCACUUGUAAUUCUUCCAUUUAUGAAACAUGGAGACCUACGCCGUUUUCUUAUUGCCACCCGCUAUGGUGAUGUUCCCAUGUUUGUGCCUUAUCAGAGUCUUCUGCGUUUCAUGAUUGACAUUUCUGCAGGAAUGGAGUAUCUCAGCUCCCAGGGUUUCCUACACAGAGACUUGGCUGCACGCAAUUGCAUGUUGGGGGAUGACCUGCAUGUGUGUGUAGCUGACUUUGGCUUGUCUAAAAAGAUCUAUUCCAGCAACUACUACAGGCAGAAAGUGGCUGUUAGAAUGCCUAUUAAGUGGAUGGCCAUAGAGAGUCUGUCUGAGUCCGUUUACACCACCAAGAGUGAUGUGUGGUCUUUUGGAAUAACCAUGUGGGAAAUCACAUCCAGGGGGAGAACACCUUAUCCGGGUGUCCUCAAUCAUGAACUCCUGGACUUGCUGGAAAGUGGACACCAUCUCAAACAGGGGGAAAAUGACAGCAAAUUAUAUGAGGUUAUGUUGAGCUGCUGGCACAGAGAUCCCUCUCAGAGGCCAUGUUUUGGAGAGCUAGGCCAGAGACUCAAAGCUCUUCUGUCUGAGCUUCCUCCCCUGGAGGCCAGCAAGGAGGCCCACUACAUCAACCAGGGCCUAGAGGCGGCCAGUGAUCACCAGGAUGGUGCAGAGGCCCUGGAUCUUGAGGAGGAGGGAGCUGUAAACAACAUAUAUCUACCUGAACCUGUUGGCGGAUUCAAGUCCUAUUCCAGAUCAGAGGAGGAGAAAGAAGAGGGGGGAUACCUACUGUGCAAUAAAACUGAACGAUAACAUGGGCCAUGUUAUGCCUCUGCUGGUACUUAUCAUUUUAAUUAAAGUGUUAUGUAAGAAUGUAACGAGAUGUCACAUAGGGAAGUUUUCACCAGGGCUAUAUCUUAGUAAUAUAAGGUUUUGAAUCAAAAGUCAAAUUACAAAAAUGCUUGUUCAUCACUAGCAGUUUUGGUUUCAAACACCCUAGAUGAAAACUGUCUUAAAUGAGAAUAUUUUUUAGUAAAUUCUAUUCUUCAAGCUUUAAAAGUCCAAUAUCAUAUUUUUAUAAUAACUCUUGGGUAAACAAAGGAAAAACAAUUCACCCUUGUCUUUUUUAUAUUGGAGUAACACUCCUACUGUUCCUGGACAAAAAUUACUAUGGUUACAUAGUCUUUUCCAAAAUACAAAAUAACACAUUUAUUGAAAAUGUGCAAAAGUUCAUUAAUUUCAGUAAUUCAACUUAAAAGGUGAAACUAAUAUAUUAUAUAGACUCAUUACAAGCAAAGUAAGAUAUUUCAAGCCUUUAUUUGAUAUAAUUUUUAUGAUUAUGGCUUACAGCUUAUGAAAACCCCAAAUUCAGAAUCUUAGGAUUGUCUGCUACCAUCAGCUGGAAAAAACAUUAAAACAUUUGACAAUCUCAUAUCAAUAUCAGUAAUGUCAAGUAUAGCCUAUAGGUGGCCUCAGAGUUCCCCUUAUUGUGGAAUAGACCAUUUUCACACUCUGGGUUUUGGAAUGCGGACGUAAAUGUUUGCAGUGUAAAUUUUGACAACGGUGAAUGGGAGAUCACAGCAAAUAUUAUUUUCACUUACCCAUUUGUUCCAAGACCAAAAGAAAGAAUCUACUAUUACAUUUGAAUUACUUUUUAGAAGAGGAAAAAAAUAGAGAGCGGUGGAUUAGUCAGAUGUUUUAAAUUUAGAUGCCAAAUUUACUGUCACUCUCUCAGCAGUUGUAAUUGAAACCAUCUCGCCGCUGUGGUAAUUUGUUUUUUAAAACUAAUUUCAGGGUAAUAAAACAAAAAGCAUAAUCUUAUAAGUUUACACUAUAAGGUCUAUGGUGUCUGUAACCCAAUGCUAUAACUUAAUUUAUAGAUAUUAUCAUAAGUUAUACAUUGGGAUAUACUGUAUAUUUAGACUUUAUAAAAAAUAUAUAUUUGUCAAAUUGAAGCUAUCAUUCAAUAACAUCAUUCAAUAAGCUCAGAGCUGUGAGAAAAUUUAAGCCAUUCAUUCUGCAAGGUCAUUCUGCAAGUGUAAACUUCCCACAGUGGGGUCAGACAUGUAGUUCUGUAAGUCAGUGUGUGUUCAACAUUGUUUCUGUUGUAGUCUCACCAAUUAAAUUCCAUUCAUUUCUAUCUGUCUCUUGCUAUGUUUCGUUUCGAAGGCUGUGUGCCCCUAAGGUCGCCUUUGACGGCAACAGAGGCUGUCUUGUUUCAGAAAAGCAAGUAGGACACUCCGAAUACAGCCUUCUUUCACAGGAAUUCGGAGGAUGCAGGUGGUUUAUCCUUCGUUGGCGCUCACAUCCCACAAUCCUUUGCGUCACUGUAAAUGUACUUAAUUUCUCUCAGUAGACGGGUGUAAAAUAUAUAAUAUGUAACGCUUCUCAAGUUUACCUCAGAGAUUCCCUUCUUACUCAGAGCGAUGCAUGUUGUCAUAGCAACUAUGAUACAUUCUGUUUCUGUUUGUCCUACUAAGGCCAUCUUGUUUAAACAAAUAAUUUGAGGUUGAGGACACUCGGUAAACUGACUACAGAAGU